AUGUAUUUUAUUAAAAUCCACAUUAUACAAGUACUACAAGAGAUUGGUGAAAAGCUUGACAAGAGAGUCCAAACCGACAUCAUCUACCUUGACUUUGCGAAGGCUUUUGAUAGAGUUGAUCAUCAUUUACUUGUAAGAAAGUUAAAGAAAUUCGGGAUUGGUGGGACUUUGUUGAAAUGGUUUGAAGACUACUUAACCAAUCAUCACCAAAGAGUAACUGUCCUUGGCAAAACUUCACAUUCUCUCCCAGUACUUUCUAGCGUGCUGCAAGUUUCAAUACUUGGUCCUUUACUGUUUGUUAUUUACGUGAACAAUCUUCUGCAGGAAACAUCUACAUCGUCUAUUGCUUUGUAUGCUGAUGAUACUAAAUGCUAUCGUCCAGUUAGAUCACAUAAGGAUGAACAAUAUCUUCAAAAAGACCUUGACGGUAUUAACAAUUGGUGUGAAUCAUGGCAGAUGAAUCUGAAUCAAUCGAAAUGUGAAGUUCUUUCGGUGACCAGAAAUCUGAAGCUAGUGCCGUCCAGCUAUCACCUUAAGUACGACACUCUCAUCAAGAGAACCAAUACCCAGAAGGAUCUUGGAGUGAUCAUCACUUCCGAUUUGAAAUGGAACCAGCAUGUUUCCAUGGUAUGUGCCAAAGCAAGCAAAAUGCUCAGCUUCAUUAAAAGAUCAUCAAUGGACAUUCACAACGAGAAAACCCGCCUUGUGCUUUACAAGACAAUGGUGCGAAGCCAGAUGGCAUAUUGCACACACAUUUGGUCACCACAGUCGGUAUCACUUAUCCUUCAAGUAGAAAACGUCCAACGUCGCACUACCAGAUACAUUUUAUCACUGCCAUUCUUGUCAGGAGUAUCAUACAAAGAUAGACUUGUCAAAAGUGGUUUACUACCAUUAACAUACUGGCAUGAAUUCCUGGAUAUGGUCUACCUUUACAAAGCAUUAGUUCUAUCUAAUGACCAUAAUAUCCAUGUAA